AGGAAGAGGAGAAAGCAAAGUGUGGUGAGAGAAAUGGAGAAAGAGAGCCAAUACGGUGCGUAUGAUGAUGGUAGCGUUAUGACGGAUGAGCAAAUGGAGAUUCUCCGUAAGCCGAUCGCCAUCUACGCCGUUAUUUCUGACCAGCUCCGUCUCCUUCAUAACUUUCUCUCUUCUUUCCAUCCUCUCUCAUCAGCUGAUAUCAAAACAGGAGGAAUCGUACGAGGUUCGCAAAUUUGUAAUAGGAAACGGGAGGAAUCGUACGAAGAAAGGCUACACGCUCAGGCGCUGACAUUAGCGGCUCUAGCUGGAGCAGCCGCAGUGGAGUACUAUGAUCACAAAACUGGAGCCACUGAUCGCUACCUGAAGUUUCUCAAGCCUGAAAACUUGAAUAAGGACUAAUACUCUUUUAUCAUUCGCUGAUGCCUGAGACAUUAUAGCUAGUGAGAGUUUCAUGUUUCUUACAUUGUUAUUUUGAUGCUUUGAAAUGGAUUUAAUUAUGGGUUAUGUAAUCCCUACGACUCGCAGAUACAGG